ACUACAAAGUUAAGAAAAAUGGAGGAAGAUAGAAAAUCUUCCAAAGAAUCAACAAAACAACGCUUUAGAAAUAAAAGAACAAGCGAAGUCUUGGAUGAUGUUCUCUCCUCCGAAAAUCAGAAUGAGCCACCCACUAAAGAAUCACAUAAAAGACAAAGACGUGAGGAUGCAAUAGCAGAGAGUAAAUGUGAAAACAAUGCUUUGGUGUUGUUGAAGGCACCAUUGACUGCAUCUGGUCAAGAUGAAGAUCUGGUUACACCAGCAGCUAUGGUCGCAGUUAGCUCAGCACAGACAGUACCAGGGGCACCUCGCAUAUUAUUAAUAAACCAGCAAGCAAAUGCUGAAGCUCCACACCAACCAAGACAUGAAACAUCUAUGUAUUUGCAUCUUCUUCGCACACCACCAUCCAUAAAAAAUAACAGACUUUAUCUCAGAAGAGAAAACAGUGAAGAAUAUAGAGGUUUUGAUCGCUUUGCCAGAGUAUCUGAUGAAAUAAUUCUGCGAAUAUUUCAUUACUUACCUCGCCACAUGAUGUGCACAUGUGCUCUGGUGUGCAGAAGAUGGGCCCGUAUGGUUUGUGAUGUUUCCCUCUGGAGGAGAAUGGACAUGGCAGGCAGACCUCUAAAAGUUGGCAUUCUUAAAAUAUUACUAGAAAGAGGAGUAGAGGUGCUUCGUCUCAAUAGAUCAGAGGUGAUGGGAGAUUUCUCUAGCACAGUACAAGGUGCACCAGAUCCUAGAAGAUCUCCUUUGUCGGAAGACAGGAUGUACCGCUUACAGUUACUUGAUAUGAGUAUGGCAAAUGUGCAGACCAGUCUUGUUGAGUCUAUGUUAAGGUUUUGUCCAAAUCUUCGGAAGAUUAGUCUAGAAAACAUUCCUGUAACAGAACAGCUGCUGAUAAAUCUAGGUGUAAAUAGUCCAUACCUUGAAGUGAUAAACUUGUGCAUGUGUCAGGGAGCAACUGCCAAAGGACUGAAAUGUAUUUUUGAUAAUUGUGCCAAUCUUACAGAAGUUAACAUUGCUUGGACUUGCCUGCCAGAGGCUGAUAUAAAAGCCGUUAUUCAGGCAUUACCUGAGCAGUUAACUUCUCUUGAUAUUAGUGGAAAUAGGGAGAAAAUUGAUGACCAUGACAUUGCAACUAUAUGUAAAAGAUGCCCCAACAUGAUAGACCUUGAUCUCAGCGACUCUACAGAAAUUACCAAUGAUUCUAUUGAUGUUAUUGCUGAGAAUCUUUUUAGUCUUCAGAAGAUUUCCCUCAGCCGUUGCUAUGCCAUUAGCCCCAAUAAUUUGAUGACUUUGACUCAGUUGAGAGACCUAAAGAUUAUAAAUGUGUUUGGGAUGAUGCGAGAUACCUCCAUCAGUGUACUGGAACAGAAUAUGAAAAGGUACAGGGUAAACAAGGAACCUUUUUCUACCAUAGCAAGGCCAACACCAUCUAACUGCCGCAAAGUUUAUAUAUGGGAUGUUUCACCUAGGAAUGGCCCUUGUUUGUAAAUUCACAUUCCUCUGAUUUUAAAAUGAAAAUGUUACUGUUCUAUUUUAAUACAACCUGUUACAUUUGACAUAAGGCUAUCUGGUUAAAGGCUAAACUAUUUAGAGAUUUUUAACUUUUUGUGUUUAUACAUUUUGGCAUACAAGUUUUAAUUUUUUAAAUUUGUAUUUUCCUUUUUAAAAUGUAUUUUUACUAAUAGAGAGGUUGAAUUUGCUUCUUUAUAAUGGUAAAAGUGAAAAAACUAGACUUGUUAAUUUUAUUUUUAAUUGGGCAUACAUACUUUAGGAUCAUGGUUUGUUUUUAUUGUGCAGUUAAAAAAAAGUGUACACAUUUUAGUUAAAAUAAUUUUUUUACUGGUAUAUAGUAAAAAAAAAUGUAUAAGUAAUUUGAUAAUUUACUUUGUGAAAUGUAAAUUUAAUGUCUGAAAUUUGUUUAGUGGUAUGAAAAUUUGUGCCUUGGAUUUAUAGUUGAUGUAGUGAAAGAUGCUGCAAUUUUAGUGUUUUGUUCAGUUUUAAAUUGACUCCUCACAUUAAUAAAAAUCGGCAUAAUUAAAAUGAGAAGUAAUUUUAAGCUAUAAUACAUUACCUAUAAUGUAUUUUAUGAGAAAGAAAAUCCAUUUUUUUUUAAAAUUACUCCAUACUAAGUAAUUUCAUUUUUAAAAAGGCUGUUUUCAUAAAGUUAGAUAUUGCUUUUAUGUAUUUCUUUUCUGAAAUGACCACAAUUGCUUUAAACUGAUUGAUAUUAUAAAAAAUAGUUUUCUUUAUGAAUUUUCCCCCAAUAUUCCCUCCCUGUUUUCUCACUUCAUUGUAUUCUUUCCUCUCCCCACUUUUAAGCAUGAAUUGUGAGCCCCUUAACUUUCAUUUCAUGUUAAACUUGUUAUGUGCUUGAACAUCCUUAAAUUUUAUCUUUAUCUCAAUUUUUUUCUACUCUUGAAUCUACCAUGAAUUUUCUGUAAGUUUAGUUCCUUUAUAAAUUUCUUACUUUUUUUUUAAUGUAAUACUUUUACCAUAUCGAACUUCAUACUAUUCAUGUAUAGAUUAAAACACUGCUUCCCACUUGAGCUCAAUGGACUUCAGUGUAGAGUUUUCUGUUGUAUAUCUCGCAAGUACCGUUCAUGUAGCUAGUUUUGUUGGCUGAUAACAAUUUCAGGUUUAAAUGUAAAUACCAUGUGUUUAUUGAAACUGCCUUUCAUCACAUUAAAUCAGUCCACAGUCAUCUGAAUCAUUACCAUAUCAGUUAACUUCCAUCUUAAUCAUUAA